ACAUUUUCCGUCAUUGUGUUAAAAGCAACUAGCGCAGUUUGCUUUACAAACGCACCAAAUAUUCUAGCCAUACAACGCGUCGUUACUCUUUGUUGUUUGGUGCGUUUUACCCGUGUUGAAGCAAAUUUGAAAUAUAUUUUUCGCGGAUUAUACAGCGCCAAUUUAGCGGGCCACAAAAUGGUUAACGUAACAAUUUAUGAUGAGGCACCACAACUCAAGCCCAACGAAGUACCACAAAACAUGGCAGCCGGAGCUGAUUCCCAAUUGGAGCACAUGUGCCGUCUGCAGUUCGACUCACCCGUUCCCCAUGUGCGUCUCUCAGGCAUUGUGUGCACCAUUGGUCCCGCCUCCCGCAGCGUGGAGAUGCUGGAGAAGAUGAUUGCCACCGGCAUGAACGUGGCACGCAUGAACUUCUCGCACGGCUCGCACGAAUACCACGCUGAGACCGUGGCCAAUGUGCGUCAGGCUGUUAAGAACUAUUCGGCCAAGCUGGGCUAUGAACAUCCCGUUGCCAUUGCUCUGGACACCAAGGGUCCUGAGAUCCGUACUGGACUUAUUGGUGGCAGCGGCACAGCUGAGAUUGAACUGAAGAAGGGCGAGACAAUCAAGUUGUCCACCAACAAGGACUUCCUUGAGAAGGGAUCCCUGGAAGUUGUCUAUGUUGACUAUGAGAACAUUGUCAAUGUUGUCAAGCCCGGAAAUCGCGUCUUUGUCGAUGACGGUCUCAUCUCUCUAGUAGUUCGUGAGGUGUCCAAGGACACCGUUGUGUGCGAGGUCGAGAAUGGCGGAGCUCUCGGCUCCCGCAAGGGCGUGAACUUGCCCGGCGUACCAGUGGACUUGCCCGCUGUGUCCGAGAAAGACAAGUCUGACUUGCAGUUUGGUGUGGAGCAGGAUGUGGACAUGGUCUUUGCAUCAUUCAUUCGCAACGCCGCGGCUCUGACCGAGAUCCGCAAAGUACUGGGUGAGAAGGGCAAGAACAUUAAGAUUAUCUCCAAAAUCGAGAAUCAGCAGGGCAUGCACAAUCUGGACGAAAUCAUUGAGGCCGGCGAUGGUAUCAUGGUCGCUCGUGGCGAUCUGGGCAUUGAGAUUCCUGCCGAGAAGGUUUUCUUGGCCCAAAAGGCAAUGAUUGCUCGCUGCAACAAGGCCGGUAAGCCCGUCAUCUGCGCCACUCAGAUGCUGGAGUCCAUGGUGAAGAAGCCUCGUCCCACACGUGCGGAGAUCUCCGAUGUUGCCAACGCUGUGCUCGAUGGCGCUGACUGCGUCAUGUUGUCUGGCGAGACCGCCAAGGGCGAAUAUCCACUCGAGUGUGUGUUGACCAUGGCCAAGACUUGCAAGGAGGCUGAGGCUGCUCUCUGGCACCAAAACCUGUUCGCUGAUUUGGUGCGUGGCGCUUCUGCAUCCACACUGGAUGCUCCUCAUGCUGCGGCUAUUGCCGCCGUUGAGGCCGCCAACAAGGCCAAGGCUGCCGCUAUUGUGGUGAUCACCACCAGCGGCAAGUCAGCCUUCCUGGUGAGCAAGUAUCGUCCACGUUGCCCCAUUAUUGCCGUCACCCGUUUUGCCCAGACAGCUCGUCAGGCCCAUCUGUACCGUGGUCUGGUGCCACUUAUCUACAAGGAACCUGCCCAAGGUGAUUGGCUAAAGGAUGUCGAUGUGCGUGUGCAGUUCGGUCUGCAGGUCGGCAAGAAGAACGGCUUUAUCAAGACCGGAGAUUCUGUGGUCAUUGUUACGGGCUGGAAGCAGGGCUCCGGCUUUACCAACACCAUUCGUAUUGUUACCGUCGAAUAAAUCUGGACGUUGUUGCCAGAAAUGAGUGGAUGCAACACUGUUGCAGCGUUUUAAGCGCUGAGUGCUAGCGUCACUACUGUUAUUAACCAAGUUAAUUUAUUACAAAUAUUGGAAACCAAGAGAAAAAGCAAAACACGGAAUAUCGGAAUACUAAAUCGAAAUUGGACACAUUUACCCGCUGCUGAAGCGCCACAGAUCGGCUCCCAAGUGUUGAGCCGUUCACACACAACAAACUCAGAUAUAAUUUAUGAUUGUUAAAUAUAAUGUUCUUCAUAGUAACAAAGAGUAAUAAACACUAUCUAUAUAUGUACAAUAUGUAA